CGGUGGAGGUGGUGAAGGACGCAUCGGGUGAAAGAUAUGGCGCGCAAUCACCUUGCCUUUCACUCUUCCCUCCCUCUCGAGGGGGAGGGAGGAGGCGAACGCGCAAUGGCACCAGUGAUGGCGGCAAGGGCAGGCUAGCCACGAGGAAGCUUAUCUGGAAGGGAGGGAGUGGGGGUGUGGGCACUCGGCGAGUCCGAGUUGCUCCAUAGGGGAAAAAGGCAUAGGGUGGGAAGAGAGGGAAGACGUAAUGCUGCAUUUGGAUGCCUGAAUGGGUGGUGGCUGAUUCAGUAGGGUUUGUUUGUGGAUGGGUGGUGCGUGUCAGGGGUGGUUGUACUUGUGUUGAUAGAGUAUCCUUGUCAUAUAUACUUUAUAAAACAACAAUAUACAUAUAUACAUAUAUAAAUAUAAAAAUACACAUAUACAUAGUAUACAUACCGUAUAUACAUUUGAGUGCGGAGUGGGAAGAAGAGUGAAGGAGGAAGGGGGGGGGAGACGGGGGGAAAGAGAAAGGUGGGCAAAGCGGGGGUGAGAGGGGAAAGAAGCGCAGGAGUGGAACGAGAGGAAAGGAGGUAGAGAUCAUUCAUUGCUAGGGUGGGCGGUGUUUGUAAAAUUGAAAUUAUGGCAGAUGUGACAUUAUCGCAGUCGAAUGGUGGGGGGGCUCUGCAGGGUGGCGGAAGCGUGUUACGAGCCCCCGGCAUGGCGUUCUGCGCGCUGACGCCCGGGUCGCUGCCCCCGCGCAAGCGGCUAUCGGUGGGGUGGAAGCAAAAUGGGUGCACGGGGGUGAUGUUUCAGUCGAACACAGCAGCAUCCGUACUAUCUCUGUCCACGCCACAGCCACAGAACAGACAUCACAGCCAGGCACCUUCUUCGUCGACGUGCUUCUCUCGGCCAUCACCCGCCCGGCCUCCGGAUGAGAAAAGGCGCUUCGGAGGCGGAGGAAAGGACAAAAGCGAAGAGAGGAGGGAGGGGGAGGAGGGAGAGGAAGAAUUCCAGAGAGAAAAGGAGAAGAGGGAGGUGUUGUCAGAGCUCCGCUGGGGAACAUCAGUGAAGGAGACGGCGGAAGUCAACGCCAAGAAUCGAUGCAGCGAUGACGGAAAGCUUCUUCCUCGCCAUAGCCUGCCGCAUCGACGCUCGGCGACAGGGCCGCGUACCCCCCGAGAGUUAGUCAUAUCCACGGUGGGAUUGGGUUCUUCUGCGGGCACUUCGAUUUGCGGCAGCGGCGCCGGUGCUGGGGAGUCCAACUGCGGUACGAGCCACAGGCAAAAUAAGCACUUGACAGGUAAAUGCAGCCAUUGCCGGUCUGUGGGCUCUGGCACGGGCGAAUCCGCGGAAGAUGACGUCAACGGUAAUAGCAUUCACCGCCCCGAAAGACCUCGAUGCGCGGUUAGCAUCACCCUGCCGACGGAGGAGAAGACGGGGAAGGAAGGGGGUCAAGGAUGUAGGAGGGUGGGGGAGGGGUUUAAAUCCGCCGUCUCGUCGGAAGCUGUGGCCUGCGUCGAGCAACAGCAGCAACAGAAGCAAGGUCUGCGUAGAGAACAAGGGCGCGAAGAACUUCCCUCCGCGGCGCAAAGCGCGCCAGUCCCUCCUCCCCCCCCCUCCACUCCACCCUCCUCGUCGAAGAUGUCCGCUUCAGUGGUGAGGCUACCUAUCUGGGGCUCGGAGUUCUCGGCAGUGAAGUCCUCCAAGUCCAACAAGACGCAGGACAAGCUCAAGGGGAAACCACCGGCUGUUCCGACCGGGAGCACGACGGAGGGGAGCGGCGGGGGCGAGCAAAAUCCCGCUCUCGCGCAUCACCCGUGCGGCGGGAAUGGUGAUGGGGACGCCAUAACGGGCAGCAGCACGCGGGCAACAGCCCAUCCUCCUCAAGUCGUGGAGUCGUGCAAUACGAAGAAGGAUGGUGGCGGUCACGGCAAUGUCGUUAGUGUUGGUGUCAACAGAAACAUCUUGAAGACGCGAAACACGGUGGACGUGUGCGCGUUGCCCGGCGGCGCUGCUCGCUGCGCGAAAUCCGCCGGAGGUUGCGGGGCGACGACGGGGGAAGGCGGGGGGGAGAGCAGCAGCGGAAGCGGUCUUUGCCGAGGGAGCACGCUGCGUCUACCCAUCAACAUCAUUCUGCCUUCUCGUUCGAGCCCCGUCCGAAAGAAACCCCGGGGUGGCUUGUCGGGCUCCAAAGAGACUCCCGCGGCCUCAUCCGUGGACAGCGAGGGCGGUCGCCAUCGCUUCCGCCAGAACGGUAGCAGCGAAGCCGGCGUGGUCGUCAUCAAGGUAACGGCGUCGGCAGCGACCGCUGCUGCCUUCUCCGGUCCGCGACCUAGUUCCACAUCGUCGCUUGCGGCCCCCGGGUCGAGCAAUGGGGGGAAGUCGGGCGACGCCGAUGGUCCCGUGGAUAGGGUUUCGAGGGGGGAGGAGGAUACGACGGUGGGCGGCGCUGGGCGGCGGAGCAGUGGUUGUCCCGCCUUGGACACGUCCGAUGAAGGACUCCGCAGCAGUCAGCAUGCGGGGGGGGGCGAAGGUGGAAGCGGCAGCGCCGAAGGCGGCAGAAGCCCUCCACGUGUCACGAGCAAGGGAGGAGGUCAUCAUCCCACGAACGGCGGCAGCGGGGCGGCAGCGCCGUUCGCUGGCAUUCCGCACGCCGCCUCCUCUUCCUCUGGAGGCGGCAGCUCGCUGGGGGGGGCUCCGGCGUCCAUCGUGACGCUGACCUUGGAGAAGGCGAAUAUUACACCGACUGCCUGCAACUUGAACGCGCUAUCUUCGCCGCCGCGGUCGCCGUCCUCUGGAGACAGGCGGUCUCCAUCGCCGCCGCGGUCGCCUUCCCCCGCUCGCUUCCCUUCCGCGCCUCGGUCACCUCCCCGCUCGGUGUCCCCGGCUCGACCUGCAUUCGGAACUCAAGAAGCGGCGGACGCUGCGCGCGCCGAGGCAGCGCUGAAAAUCAAACUCGCAGCGGCCGCUAGGGCCGCUGCCAACGGGAAGGCGGCCGUGGCAGCGCGAGCGGCGGCCGCCGCGAAGGCUGCCAUAGAAUAUGCGGCGCUGGCCAAACAGUGGGAAAUGAACGCUAAGGCGCAGCAGCAACAGCGCAAAGCGCGCAGCGCUCUCAUGAGAGGAUUAGGGGUCAGCGGAGGAGACGGCAAAGCAGCGGGGGGGAGGUUUGAGCUAGUGGGCGCUCUUGGAGCGCUGAAACUAGAGCUUUCGAAAUUGAAGGCGGACCGAGGGGAGAGGCUAAGGGGAGUCGUGCUGAAGGGUGAGAAAAUCCGAGAGGAUGGAGUGGGGAGUGAAGAGGUAUCGCGAGGAGGAGGAGGAGGAUGCAUAUCCUCUGCGUCGUCGCCCAUAGACGACGAAGAGCUAGCGCGGCGAUUACACAGGGCAAUCAAUAGUUCGCCUCGCAUAUCUGGAAGUCUGCCGCUUAAGCGCAAGAAUAGCAUGGACAGCAGCAGUAGCGGUGGCUGCGGGGGAAGGUGGGUGUCAUCCUCCCCCCCGCCGGGUAUUGCGCAACAAGUUUGGGGUGCUUCUAUUGGCUUUGCUGUGUCGGAUGGGCCGAGUGGCGGGGAAGCAGCGAAGGCUGCUGCCCCCCUCUCCGCCUCCGCCUCCGCCUCCGCCUCCGCGUGUCCUCGACCUUCUUCUUAUGGAAAUUGCCAAUCUCACGCUAGCAUCCGGGAGAGGGCCAGUAGCAGCAGAGAGAACGCCCCUGCGCCCGAUAAAGUCGGGGUUUCUCCUCUUCUUCGCCAUCGCCACGGACCGCUUCACGAACUCGGGUCGGGAAUGCUGCUGUGGAACGACAAGGACGAGGCCGGGCCGUCCAUGAUGGGAUCUUCGGGCGCAGGCGGAAAACUCCGCGCCCCUUUUUCCGGAUCUGUGGACAGAGAGCAAAGGAAGGGCGGAGGCGCCGGGCGCGCUGAAGGUAGUGGGGAUGCGGCCGCGAGGUCGCCUGAGAGGAAAAUCACUUUGAAGAGGUUGGAGCAACGCGAAAAAGGGGCGUCGUCUUCCGACGCGGAGAAGGCGGUGACACAAAGAGGAGCAGCGGGAGGAACUGAAGGGGAUAGCUCUUCUUCGUAUUUCAGGGAAGCAGAGCGGUCUCGCGCGUCCGUGCCGAUGAUGCUGUGGAAGGAUGGUAGUGCGGCAGCCGGCGCAGCGGACGAGAAAAGUGUUGCCGUUGUUGUUGCUGCUGGCGCUGCUGCUGCUGCUGCGGCUGGGGGAGUUAGCAAUGCUGCUGCUGGCGAGCGUGGCAAUGCGCCGCCGCGCGGAUCUGAGGCGGAAAGAGGAGAGGAUGGAGGGGGGGGAGGAGCAGCAGGAGGAGGAGGAGGUGUUUGCGCCUCCGCUCUUGUCGUCUCCGCGUCCUUCUCCCGAAAGGCGGAGGCUUUGGCGGGCAGCAGCCUCUCAGCCGGUUGUGCUUCUGGGGCGGCGGCAGCAUUUGCCACGACGGGCCAACAACAGGAGAAGCUGAAGGGGUCGUCUGUGGAUGGGAAAGGUAGUAGUAGGGAUCCUAGCCUCGGCAACGGAUCAGCGGAUGGUGCGACCAAGGUGAUAACGUUAUCGCUUGUGAAACGACGGACGGGAGCCUCGCCCAAACGACCUGAUCGCAGCUAUUCGCCCAAAGGACCACCUACGCCCCCCCCACUCUGUCUGGCUUCUGUCUCGGCGAGUGCUGCUGGUGCUGGUCUCGGGGACGGACACGGGGUGUCCUCGAUGUCAGGCCAAGGGUCGUCGCCGUGUGCUUCGGCAGGCGCGUCUCCGCCGCGACGGGCGUCCAGCCCUCGAUCUCCGGAAACGCCAUCUUCUGCCGCUUCUGCUCUCCAUCAUCAUCAUCAGCAGCAGCAGCAGCAGCAUCAUUAUCAUCGUCUCACGCAAGGGAACGGGGCAGAGAGGGUGGAGAAAGCGACGUUAGGGGUGCUGACUACGGAGGCUAUGCCGCCGGGAGGGGUGGCGGCGGGGGGGAGUAACGCCGUGACGGCCGCUGGCGGAGGAGUUUGCCUCAGCAAUCGAUCUGUCGGCAGCGGCAGCACUUGUGUUACAGCAGCGGUUCGUGUGAAAGUCGUUUCGGAAGCCAGCAGGAGCAGCAGCGGCGGCCGAGUCAGCCAUCAUCAUCAUGCUUAUUAUCAUCAUAGCAAUGGGGCGACGGCGGGGGCGGUCUCGUCGUUAUCACCUCCUGCGCAAGCGGGCGAGCAGCGGUACUCGUCGCAAUUCAGGGAAGUUUCAACGUUGACCUCGAAAGGGACGGAGAAAUCGGACUACGGAAUGGCGCAGCGCCUGCGGCCGACUACGACCGGGGAGAAGAGAACAAGCGGCAGUGCCUUUGCGGUGGCGGAAAGGGCCUGCGGUCGCCCCGGAGGCGGGUCGGGCGCAGCGACGGGAAUAUCUGCAGGUGCGGGUGGAGGCAACAAAGAAGGGGCGGGCAUUGAUGUCUGGGUCAAAGGCGAAGAAGGAUUGGGGUCGAUUGUGGUGAGUGGGAGCGAGAGGCAUUUCAGUCAGCAUUGUUCUGCUCUGCAGGAUUCCUCGUCGGCCAGGGGGAGCGAGGAGAGGGAGGGGGUGCGAGCCGGGGAAGCAAUGGAGUGCUCCGCUGGGCCCAAAGACUCUCGUUCCUGCCAUGGCCCUCCAGGGGACGGGGCGGCAGCAGCAGGGGAGGCGUUGCCCCACCUAAACGACGAAGUGAAAAAGGAUGGUGAUGAGGGCUGCCGCGGGGAGGAAGCUAGCAAAUUCGUGAGGCUCCGGUCGUUGGGUGAGGGUAGCGGCGCAUCGCGUGCCAGCGAUGCCGACGAACUCGUGCGCAAAGUAGUAGUCGUAGGAGGAGGAGGAGGAGGAGGAGGAGGAGGAGGAGGAGAAGGGGAGAGGAGCCGCCAUUGUGAUGAGUCGUCUGAUGGGACGCGAGCAGCAGCGGUGAGCUUGGCGGGUAGUAAGGAGGCGGUGGGAGGGGAUUUGGAGGCAGCGACACGAGGCCGCCCGAGUGACGCUAGCGGCGUUUCUCUCGCGGUCGAGGGGGGGCUUGGGCUUGAUUGCGGUGCCAAGGCGGGGGCCGCCGGCUGGGAUGUCCCGUCGGGAAAUAGCAAGGGUUUCUACGGGGAUGGAUGGAAAAAGAGAAAGAUUCGAGAGAAUUCCUCCGACCACGAGCGUAAUCGGGAGAGGCGGGAGUUUCGCGCCAGCGCAAAGCGGACCGUGGUCAUUCCGUUGGGACUCAUCAGCAGAGCAAACCGGAGCAGCAGCUGCGCUGCUGUCUGCUCGGGCGUGGGCGCAACUGCGCGGGACGGCGGCGGAAUGUGCGAGGACUCGUCUCCUAGCCAUCCGUUGCAAAACGCGGGAAGAAUGCCCACGGCUGCUGCGCGGGAAGGAUGUCCGAAUGAAAGCGGCGGGACUGGUGCCGGAAUUAGCCACGUCAGCGGAAGAGGAGACCCAGCGGGGGAGGGAGGAGACAAGAAGGGCGGGGGGCCUGUGAGCAGCGCUUGGCGGGGCGGGGAGAGCAAUCAAGACUACUGUAGUAGUCAUAAAGGUUGCGCGAUCGAGGCUGGGCAGUUAUCCAUUGUCGGUCGAGAGGGUUGUAGGUCGCCUAUCUCCUCCGUACCGGCAAUGCAAGGAGCGGCGAAUGGUGGAGCGGGGGGGGUUGGAAGCUCUCUUCCUUCCGUUGAAUGUGGUGGCUCCUCGUCUUUUAGGUCGCAUCAAGCGAAUGGUAAAUCGGCGACAACCGCCGUAACGGGCAAGACCUUGCUAGGGUUCGGGAACUCAUCAGGCUUCGGAAUGGUGUCUACCAUGAUUUCUCUUCCAACAACAGCUGCGCUGGCGAAUGGCCCUCGGCGCGCUUAAGGGAGCGUCCACCUUGUGAGGGCUUGGGUUUGUAUAUUGUAUGGCGCGCAACACAAAUAGACUCCCGUGAUUCACGAGGAGGGGGUCUGGGGAAGGUAUUACGCCCCCGGUCUGGAUCUGUUGGCGAUCGGCUUCAUGGCGCGGAGGACAUAGAUUCGCUCCAACGCACACUGGCGAGGGAGAUAUUCAUUUCAUCUGAUGGCAAUCGAAAUGCCAUCAGCUGCCUGCCUUCUGAGAAAAGGCAGGCAAAUACAUCACUCACUGGCUCUCUUGACAUCCCGGGGUUACUGACGGCUCCAGACAUAUGCACAGGCAUACCGCAUGGAUGGCUUUGCGGAGUCGGUUGGCGGGGGAGGGGGGGCGAGUGAGGGGUGGGGGACGAGCGGGGUGACAAAACUGGAGCCGUGUAGAUUGUUGGGUUGUUGAUUUUUUGUGAGUGCUUUCAUCUUUUCUGUUUUCCAUUCUUUUGCUUGUAAAAGUUGUAUUGUAUGUCCACUGAUUGGUGCACACGCAUCUCUGGCCACUGAUUGGUGGGGGACGCAUCUCUGGCCACGAUGGCAGCAGCAGCAGAGGGAAGAGCGACGAUGGCAUCAGUCUCUGACGUUGCGAGACCAGGUCGAUGCAAACUGUAGAGAAAGGAGGGUUGUGAUUACUAUGUAUGAUGCUGUGAGGCUCACUUGUGGGGAAGGGGAAGGGCCAGCUUACGGAUGUGGGAUCUGGAUGCUGCUGGGUAAGCAAUGGCGGCGGGGGUGUGCAGCUGUGUCCAUGAUGGCUGGUGAGUGGCGCACCACUGAUAAAAAAUUGGGUUUGUA